UCAGAUUGGAAGACUUUUCUGGGAAUCCAAACAACCAUUAAUGGAAGCUUCCGUGUCGCAGCUGUACUUUUUAGAAUUUGAGAGGAUUUUUAUUUCUUCUUCUACAUUUAAAUACGCACACGCAGACUUAACAACUUACCAGACUCCGCGUCUGUGUAAACAUACAUACGACGCGUCUUCUUCGAACGCCAAGCUGAAGAUUUCCCUUCGAAGCUAGGGUUUUAAUUUGGAAUCUUUAUUCGCUGCAAUCGCUAUCUCAUUUUGUUUCAACUGCCAUGGAUAAACAGGUGGAGAAAAUGCAGUUCCGGCAGAAUUACCGGAAUCUCUGGCACUCCGAUCUCAUGAGCACCAUCUAUACCGAUACUCCUUAUUGUUGCUUUGCACUGUUGUGUGGUCCCUGUGCUUCCUACUUGCUUCGAAAACGGGCUCUUUAUAAUGACAUGUCAAGGUACACAUGCUGUGCUGGCUAUAUGCCAUGCAGUGGGAGGUGUGGAGAAAGUCAUUGCCCUGAAAUUUGUCUUUGCACUGAGGUUUUCUGUUGCUUUGGAAAUUCAGUGGCCUCGACACGCUUUCUGUUGCAAGAUGAGUUUAAUAUACAGACAACGAAAUGUGAUAACUGCAUUAUUGGAUUCAUGUUCUGUCUCCAGCAACUUGCAUGUAUAUGUUCCAUAGUUGCAUGCAUAGUCGGAAGUGAUGAAAUUCAAGAGAUUUCACAGAUGUUGAACUGUUUGGCUGAUCUGACUUAUUGCACGGUUUGUGCAUGUAUGCAGACCCAGCACAAGAUUGAAAUGGAUAAAAGAGAUGGCAAGUUUGGGCCACAACCAAUGAUGGCAGUACCGCCAGUCCAGCAGAUGUCUCGUAUUGAUCAGCCAACUCCUCCGCCUGUUGUAUAUCCUUCCCAACCAGCAUAUGGGCAGCAGCCCUAUGGCUACCCCCCACCCCCUCAUGCUCAAGGUUACCCUCCCACUGGGUAUCCUCCACCUGCAUAUCCUCCCGCUCCUGCCCAUCCUCACAAUUAUCCCUAGUGAUGUUGACCAUGAUGCAUGUCUAUAUAUGCCUAGUAAAAUCUCCUUCAAAGUAAUCUUGUUGUUAAUGCCAGCUUUUCUUCUGAAUGUUUUUCUGUAUAUAGGCAUGUUUUCAACCUCAAUCCUAGCUUUGGAUUUGUUCUUUUGGUUUCCAUCAAUGGUCUUGACCUAAAUAAAUAGCCUUUACAGGUGAAGAAACUGUAUCAAGAAACAGGUUUUUUUUACGAGUCAUGAUUGAACAUAUUUGGGGCACAUGUUUUCAUCUUUAA